GCGUUAGUUUUGGUGUGAUUGCAGAGCAGAGAGGUUUAUAACAACUUUUUCCCUCGAAAAUAUUCUAAAACUUGCCACAUAAAGCGUUUUUCUGCAUCAAGUGUAGGCAUGGCGUCUAUGGUCCAUAAAGUGGAUCAAAAUGAUUCAGGUUUUGGAUCGAAUGAUGAUGUAACUCCAAAAAGACCAAACAAGGAUUGUAAGAACGAAUCUGAUUGUAGUUCAUUUGCUGAGUCAGCUAAGGGUAGUAACAGUGUAAAAGCAGUCCUCCAAAUUACAAUCAAAUUAUUUGGCAAGCUAAGAGCCUGUGAAUCUGAUGGAAAAGAGAGGAUUGUCGACAUGAUCAAGAAAAAGAUUGAAGAAACCGACAGCUGCCAAAAGGCAAAAGAUACAGAUUUUCUCUUUUUCAAGAGAGUGUCAGAUGAAGCUUAUCUAAACAUUGGAGCACCAGCAGGAGUACUUCACGAAGGAGUAGUAUACGAGUGUAUUUUUAAGAAGCAAAUAGGAAGAAGAACUACAGAUAUGAUGAGAUCAUACAAUGCAGAAAUGUUUGACAAAAACUGGGCAAUGAAAAGUUUUUAUGUCAAACUUUCGGAUGUCACAUUCUCUGUUAGCUACUUCCAGAAGUUCAAGAGUAUUGGAAAAGUUUUGGUAGACUUUUUUCCUGGUGAAACUUUGUAUGAAGCCUUAUACAGAGAUGGGAGGUUCAAAGAGCGUACUAAAGAUGGCUUGGUCAUUUGCAGUUGUGACUUCUUGACCCCAAAUGAUGUAGAAAUAAGCCUAGGUGAUCAAGCCUCAAACCAUGCUCAAGAAGUUUUAAAAUUUAAGAAGAGAAAGGUCAUUAAUAGUAAACUUGAUCCAAAAGUCUCACCCUUACCUGAACCUCAUUUCCAAAUGAAUGACCAUGUAAUGGCAAGCAAUAUGGAACCUGUAACACCAUUGAAGGGUGACAGAAGUAAUACUGAAUACCUAUCAACUCCAACUUCAAAUCCACUUUCCAGUACUCCAGCUCCCAGGAAUCAUAAAAACCUUCACACUCUUGAAGGAUUGACCAUUUAUUUAAAGGAGAAAUUGGGUCUAGAAAUCAUCAAGCAGAGUGAUGAAUAUAAGGAAGAGACCAACAAGAGUAAUGAAAUAAAGGAGGCGAAAAAAAAGAAUGACAGAAUUUUCAAGAAGCACUAUGAAAACUUUGCUUUACAUUACAGUCACCGGGUGUAUCUUUCAGACUUGGAAGAUACUAUCAGACUGAUGAAACAUUCUAUUGGUGCGAUAAUUGCUACAAAUGUUAGUAAUGUAAAAGCAUGUGGAGCAACUUGUUUUAGGAUAGGGAGCAAGUAUGUCAUCACCAACAAGCAUGUUGUUGAUAAAUUAGUCGAUAUGGGCAUCAAAUUUGAUAGAUGUUAUGUUGAUUUCAACUAUGAAGAAAAAGGGCAAUGUGGCUAUUGUUUUAAUUUCGCAUCUAACCAUGUGUUGGUAUCCUCUGAAGAGCUGGACUAUGCCAUCCUAGAGUUAAAUCCAGAAGGCAGAAAACUUCCAAAAAGUAUAAUUGAUCCUGAGUCUGGGUUUAACAUUGCUCCACCUGGUCGUCAGCUUCAAGCUGGAGAAUGUUUAACGUUCAUCGGGCACCCUGGUGGACUUAAAAAGCAAAUGGAGGUUUCCUGUCCAAUCAAGCAUAGAGAUGAAAUUGAAGAACACCUGGUUCUGGCAUUUCAAACACUGAAUGAGAAGGAGUUUCAGGAACACAGAUUCCGAGUUCGUAUGGCUGAAAACGAUCCCAAUUCUGCUCUCUAUGAUGUGAGUAUGUUCUUUCAUGGAUCUUCCGGUUCUCCUGGCUUUCUAAUGCAAGAAAAGCUGUUGGUAGUCCUACAUAGCCGAGGAAUUCCUUACAAAGGAAACAAGAAUUAUUUUGUCGUCGAAGAAGGUAUAUUGAUGGCAUCUGUGGUCAAGGAUGUCAUGACAAAGAUAAAUAGGCAUGAAGUACUAGGAAGAUUGGGAGAUAUCUUUGGUGAGUUUACUGCAAAAAACUUUGAUCCAGAGGAAAUGGAUAUUGAAUAUGAAUAAACUGUGUAACAAAAAGCUGUUUUGAUGUCAGGAAUCGUUGAAGAGAAAUAAGAAAAUCAAGUGUUUGAGUGAUGUUUCUUGCACAUCGCCCAAAUGAAUUUUUUUGCCUUCAGCUUGUUUUUAAUGUCUUUUCUUAGACAGAUAAUGUGGCAGCUUUAUAACAGUUUUCUAGCUGAAAAAAAUUGUAAAGAGACUGUACAUAUAAAUAUAAUUACUUCACUUUAUCCCCAAGUGAGACCAGAAAUCAUAUUAAGCCAUUCAGUUGGGGUUUUAGCACAGUAGUAACUUUAUAGUACCUGCAUUCAAAAAUAUUCAGAAGGCGCGAAGAGCGUUAGUUUGGGUUAGAUUGCAGAGCAGAGAGGAUUAGCCUAUAUUUUAAAGAGGGUAGAGACGAAUUAACCACAAAGAUUUAUCUAACAUACGGCCCUCUGAGAUCUGAUUCUUAGAUCGAAUUUGAAUUUAGAAUUUUUCAUUUUUACGGAGAGAAAAAGCCCGGCGAAAAACUCGCAGGAUAGAAGAGAACAACACAUCAAAACUCAACUCACAUCAUACUCAGUCAGAUUUCAUUUUAGCUCGUUUUGCUGCGUUUUUGAUGAAAAAGGAGACAAAUCUAUUUAAUCAUAUAAAUGCAAAUUAUGCUUUACUGAAGAAAUAGAAAGCGCGUGCUGUGUGCUCUCAUAAAGCACGCCCUCCCAACCAAUCAGAACGCGAGAUUUAUAACAGUAAUUUUAUAAGAUGUUUUACAGCAGAGAGUUGCGGAUCCCGCUCAUUUUUUCCAACUGUUUACAGCAUUUCAUCUUCUCGUGAAGGAUCUUACUAGUAGACGUCACCUUAGACUAAAAAAGUGUGAGUUUAGUAGCAUGGUAGCAGUGUUUGGUGUAGCAGUUAUUAUUUUAUUCAAUUUUCCAUCCUACUAUUUUUAUCUCUAGGCACGCAUGGCUAAUGAAGUGUCUGGUAAAAGGUAAAAAAGUUUUUUUGGAUUUUUCGAAAUAGAUAAAGAAAGCACUUUUUUAAAUACACUUUUUUUCACGAUUUAAUAAACUACUAUCUAUUAAAUAUUAAGUAAGUCAUCUAGUCAACAGCUAUUAUUAUCAAUUAUAUCAUUCAGUUUAUUGCAUGUAUUUAGACUCAUUUAGUAUAUAAAGCCACAAAACAUCUUUUACAAUCCUAUGAAAUAGGUGCUUAAUAGACCAUACUUCGUUUUGUUGGCUUUAAAAAAAAAAAAUGUAAUGGUCAGAACAUAAUGAAAAUAGUUUUUUAAAUGUGUAGUUUAUAAAAUAUAUCAAAAAGAUAUGUAAGUUGUCUCAUUCUUAAAUUGUAGUUAAAAUUUUAUUGAUUAAAGUGUAAGAAAAAAUG